CACAAAACAAAAAGAUCAGUGCCAGACUCAGACUAGGACUAGACUCAAUGCUCUAAGUCUGAGUCUAGUGCUCUAAAAAUGUUCACCAACAAAUAACACCCAACAAUUACUCAUAAGUUUUUUUAUUAGAUACAUAUUUAGGCUGUUGAAAUACCUAAAAUGUUAGAGCUACAAAACACAGAAAAUAAUGUAUUUCAUUUACUGGAAAACAGAACAAAUAUGUGCAGAUUCUGUUUUGAUAUUUUGGAACCGACCGCUGCUCACUAUUCAAUUUUCGCAGAAGAUAUUUUGAAUAUUUUAAACUAUUGCUGUAAGGAUCUAUUUAUCAAAAACGAGGAAAUUUUACCAAGCCUUAUAUGUUCUGGAUGCCAUUCCUUCUUGCAAAUCGCCUAUAAAUUUUUAAACCAAAUCACUUUGUCGCAAAACAUUUUACUAAAUUUUCUUCAAGCGAGAGGAUUUCAAAGUGUCGAAAUACCAAACAGCCAAGACGAAAUAAAGCUUGAAGAUAAUCCACUUGAAAUUGAUAAUACUGAGAUUUUUGAUAAUACAGAACAACCAAUUGAAGAAGUACAAGUUGAAAAAUUGGCCAAAAAGAAAAAUGCAAAAGUCAAAGGAAGAAAAAGUAUGGGUCCAUAUAACUGCUCUGUUUGCAAUAAGAAAUAUAGGUCAAAUUUUGAACUUGAGGUUCAUCUAAGAUUACAUACAGGAGAACGGCCUUUUACUUGUAGCGUAUGUGGUAAAACAUUUCUCGAUGGUCGUAAUUUACGGAAGCACGAAAAGAUACAUAGUGGUGAUAAAAACAAUGAGUGUUCAAUUUGUCAUAAGAAAUUUCUACAUUUAUUUAGUUUGAAAACGCACGAAAGGAUUCAUACAGGAGAAAAGCAAUUUGUUUGCGAAAUUUGUGGCAAAGCUUUUAACACUUCUGGAGAAUUGAAAAUUCACAGCAGGAUUCAUACCAAAGAGAGACCAUACAUUUGUAAUAUUUGUGACAAGAGGUUUUCAAGUAAAGCAGCCUUAAAUAUCCAUACUCGCGUUCACACAGGUGAAAAAAGGCAUUCAUGUUCAAUAUGUGAUCAAAAAUGUAGAACUGGCUACGACCUGAAAGUACACAUGAGAAGCCACAGCAAUGAAAAGCCUUAUCAUUGUAAAUAUGCCAAUUGCAGUAAAAGCUACAGGAACAGUAGUCAGUUGAGCGUCCAUCUCAGAACUCAUACUGGUGAAAAACAUCACCAAUGUAUGAUUUGUCGUAAGAAGUUUGGUGAAUCUAAUGCACUAAAAAGACACUUACUUACUCAUGUGAAAAAAUAAGUGUGAAUAUGAAAAUGGCAAAUAAUCAAAAUUAGAAUUAGGUUUGGAAUUUUUCUAGUCAGAAGAGGAUUAAGAUUUUGAAGAAUUCACUUGUACCACAAUGAAGAAUUGUUCCUGAUUAAAAUAAGUCAAUAUUAGAAAAUAUAUCUGUGUGUGUAAUAAUAGAGAAUUGCUCCUGAUAGAAAUAAUGUGUGGCAAAAAAUCAAAAUUAGACAUAAGUGAAUUGCGUAUCCUGGACAUUAACUUGCAGAUGCUUUUUCUUGCACAGGCUACAUAAAUCACAUUGUAUAGUACCUAAGUAAGUUUAGUUUUAUGAAUUUGAUUCAAACUUCAAAGAAUCCACUGAUAAAAAUUGGCAAAAAAAUCAAAAUUAGUGUUAAGUAUUUCAAAUUAUUACUCUAGUCGCAAACAGUAAUCUAGUCAUUGAAUUAGGUUUAAUUAAUUAGUACUUAAUUUUUUGAAAAUCAUUAUAUUGUGUGAUUUUUCUAAUUUAGUUUGUUUUAUACUCCACAAUAACUAGAAGAAUAGUAUUCAUAAGAACAAGUCUCUAAAAAUAUAAAAGCCUGUGAACAUCCCUCAAUGUCAUUUCUUGGAAGCCUGAUUUUUUUUUCCAAAAUGACACAUUUUGUUGUCAAUUUCAAUCCGAUCUUAACGUAACUAGGCCUGAAUUAAGGCCAAUUAAAACCUCUCCAAAUACAAUAAAUAGUUUUUAUGCAGCUUCAAGAGUUUCACAACAUUGAAUUUGAUUUUUAUCAUGGUAAGCGCGUGGAAGGAUAUUUUAAUUUUUUUUCUCAAAUUUCAAUCUUUUCUUCAUCCAUUUACAAAGUUUCAAUCCAAUCGUUCAAACACUUUUCUCAGAAAACAAUAAAACGGCUUUUAAGGUCAUUUUUUGGAAGCUUGAUUUUCGCAAAAUGACAUUGAACCACAUUAUAUCUCACAACUUUAUUAAUUUCAAUCCGAUCCUAACGUAGUUAGGCUUGAAAUGAGGCCAAUUAAAUCCCUGGUAAAUAAUUUCAUUGAACCUUGAAUAGUUUUUAGCUGUGAAGCUUCAAAGUUUUUUAAUUUCACUACAGCCAUUAUAACUCGUGUUACAGGGAAGAACAAAGUUGUUUCUGAGAUUGUUGAGGUGUGACCAAAAUAAUCUAGGAUUCUCAUAAAUGUUAUUUUCAGUUUUGAGCAGGUAUAUUCUAUAAGAGAUGUCAACCAUCUAUGCCUCUAUAAUAGUCGGUAUAGUAUAAAUUCAAUUCUGGGAACUUGACAAUCCCAAAACCUAAAAAAAUUCAGAACGAGGGCCAAGAAAAGUGGCUCACCUCAACUAGGAACAUUGUAUAUUUAUAAGGUGUCGUAAUUCUUAAAUGCAUAAGUGAAAGAAUAAAACACAACUCAAAAACACCAAACAGUUUAUUUGUAAUAUUCAAUAUUUACAGUAAUUUCAGACAUUAAGCCUUAAAUAAUAUGUACAGAUAGAAUUUGAAAAUUUUCACUUAAUUUACACUUAAUUAUUAUUUUAUUUUUUUAAUACAUAAUGGUUUUUUCCGAGGGGUGGUUAAUUGGUCAAAAUCUCAUAAGAUCUACCUACCUACUCAAAAUCCCUAAAAAUCUUUGAAAUCCUUGAAAAUUUAACAAAAUCUCUUGAAAUUCCAUAAAAUCCUACAAAAUCUAAUCAAAUUUCAUCAAAACCAAAAAAAUCUUGCAAAAUCUGAUAAAAUCAUUAACAUUCCUAAGAAAUAUUUUCAUAUAUUAUAUCACAAGAACUUUAAAUUUAAUCGAUUAAACUAUCCAACAUAUUUUGAGCAUGAUUUUGCUUGGAAAAUAGUUGAAUGCACAAUAACUUAAUAAAAGUUAUUGUGCAUGAAACUAUUUGCCAAAAAGCAAAAUUAUGCAAAAAAUAUUUGGAUAUAGUUUAAUCCAUUUAAAUUUAUAGGUCGAGUGGUCUAUUUAUUAUAAAAUGUCAGAAUAUUUCUAUCAAAAUUCUGUCAAAAAAGGUAAACAAAAAUUUAAUCGCAAGGUCUUGUGAAAUAAUCACUUAUUUAAACAAAAUUCAUUCAAAAAAUGACGUUGUCUGAUGGGUCUAUUUUAUAAUGAAUGAAAUAAUCUCUGGAAUUCCCAAAAAUCCUUUGGAAUCCCCAAAAAUCUGUUAAAGUCUCUCAGAAUUCCAUAAUUUAGUGGAAUUUCGAGGAUUUUCGGUAGAAUUAUGUUAUUCUGAAAAAGGAAUUACAUGUGAAAUUUUUGCGGAGUUCACAAAUUCCUGGCUAUUAAAAGAGAAUUUCAGUGAAAUUUUGAAAAAUUCCUUGAAGUUUCAUUGGACUUUCGAGAAAUCUUUGGCUAUGAACGUGGAAUUUCAAAAUAUUCUCAUAAAAUUUUAGUGAAUUCCGAGGAAUUUUUAAGAAAUUACAUGAAAUGUUAAUGAAAUCCCGAAGAAUUUUAUGAAAAUUUUGUGGAAUUCCAGGAUAUUUCAAUGAUGGGGAAUUUCAGUAAAGUAAAAAAAAAUAAUUAUGGAAUUUUGAAAUUUUAGUGGAAUUCCCAGGAAUUUUAUGAAAUCCUAUAAUGUAAUUCCGGAAAAAUUUUGUCUUAAGAAUUCCAGAAAAUUUUCUGGUGAAAUAUUAAGGAAUUUCUAAUAUGGAAUUACUUAAAAUUUUCGCGGAAUUCCUAUGGAAUAACUUGAAAUUUUAGUGGAAUUCCAAAAAAUUUCAUAGUGUAAUUCCGAGGAAUUUUUGUUCAAGAAUUCCAUUGAAUUUUAUUGUGGAAUUCCAUGAAAUCUUGGUAAAAUAUGGAAAAAUAUUAUGAAAUCUUAUAGUAAAACGAGUAGUAAAAUUUUCAGGAAUUUCCAUUUUUCCAUUCAAACUUACCAUUUGAAUUGAAUUUCGAAUUCCAUAAAAUCGGUGAAAUUCUAAGGAAUUUCUAUAAAAUUAACUAAAAUUUUCACGGAAUUCCCAUGGAAUGACUUGAAGUUUUAAUGAAAUUCCGAAGAAUUUCAUGAAAUCUCAUAGUGUAAUUCCGAGGAAAUUUUCAUGGUGGAAUUCCAUAGAAUCUUAUGAUGAAAUUCGGAAAAGUAUUAUGAAAUCUUAUAGUAAAAUUUCUAGGAAUUUACGUUUUUUCAUUCAAAAUUAUCACUUGAAUGGAAUUUCGAGGAAUUCCAUAAAAUCUUCUGGUGAAAUUCUAAGGAAUUUCUAUAGAAUUGAUUAAAAUUUUCGCAGAAUUCCCAUGGAAUAACUUGAAAUUUUAGUGAAAUUCCGAAGAAUUUCAUUAAAUCUUAUAUUCUAAUUCCGAAGAAUAAAAAAUUCCAAGAAUUCAAUUGAAUUUUAUGGUGUGAAAUGUGACAUGUGAAAUUUUUGCGGAGUUUCCAUAUUCACAUUAAAUUUUAGUUCCUCUCGGAUUAAAUGAAAUUUCGAGAAAUUAAAAAAAUUCUCAUAAAAUUUUAGUGAAAUUUCGAGGAAUUUCUAAGAAAUUACAAGAAAUGUCAGUAAAAUUCCGAAAAAUUUUAUGAAAAUUUUGUAGAAGUCCUGAAAUAUAGUGGUGAAGUUUUGGGGAAUUUGGAAUUUCUAUAGAAUUUUUGGGGAAUUUCAGUGGGAUUUCGAAAAAAAAAAAAAAAAAAAAUAUGAAAUAUUGGCAGAAUUUUUAUCAAAUUAUAUAUAAUUUCCCGUUGUGUCCACUUACAUAAAAUUUCGAUGAAAUGUCGAGUAAAGUUCCAAGGAAUUCUCGUCGAAUUACAUACAUGGAAUUCCUUGAAAUCUUAUUGUGAAAUUCCAGUAAAAUUACAUGGAAUCCGAAGAAUUCCCUUCAAAUUAAACAGAAUUUCCGUGGAAUUUCCAUGGAACCACGAGAAAUUUUGGCAGAAUUUCAAAGAAUUGAAUUAAAUUUUAGUGGAAUUCUGAGUAAUUUCUGUCGAAUUAAAUAAAAAAAAAGAAAUUUCAUGAAAUAUUUUAUUGUAAUUCCGAGUAAUUUUUGUACAAGAAUUCCAUUGAAUUUUAUGGUGGAAUUCCAUGGAAUCUCAUGAUGAAAUUUGGAAAAGUAUUAUGAAAUUUUGUAGUAAAAUUUCUAGGACUUCUGUUUUUCUAUUCAAAUUUGUCAUUUGAAUGGAAUUUCGAGGAAUUCCAUAAAAUCUUCUAGUGAAAUUUUUAGGAAUUUUUAUGGAAUUAACAAAAAUUCUCGCAGAAUUCCCAUUGAAUUUUAUGGUGGAAUUCCAUAGAAUCAUAUGAGGAAAUUCGGCAAAGUAUUAUGAAAUCCUAUAGUAAAAUGUCUAGGAAUUUCCGUUUUUCCAUUCAAAUUUGUCAUUUGAAUUUAGAAUCUCUAAAAACUUUUUAAAAACCGCUGAAAUGCCCCAGAAUCACCUAAAAUUUUGAAAAUCUAAAAUCUUCUGAACUCCUGUAAAAUCGUGUAACGAUUUUCAAAAUUCCCAAAAUCCUACAAAAUCAAUUAAGAUUUAAAAUAUGUGUUCAUUAUUUUAUAGAGUUAACUAAACCUCGGAGCGGUUGAUUGGUCAAAAUCUGUGUAUAAAUAAGUCCAGAAAAACUUGAAAUUGAACAAAACCUCACAAAAUCCCUUAAAAAAUCACUUCCUAAAAAAAAAUCCUUCAAAAUUUCCAAAAAUCCUUUGGAAUCCUCAAAAAUCCGUUAAAAUCUCCAAAAAUCCUUUAGGAUCUCUAAAAUGCUCUAAAAUCACCUAAAAUCUUUUAAAAUCCUGUAAAAUCAUGUGAAGAUUUUCAAAAUCCUACAAAAUUAAUGAAGAUUUGAAAUUUGUGUACAUAUUUUACGGAGUUAACCACCCCUCGGUUUUUUCUGCUGAUUCUUUCCCAAUAAGAAAAUUUAGGCCAAAUUUAAUGAUGCAGAGUGAUUAGGGAGUUUUAAAUGCAAAUUUGUAUCUAUUUAAAAACAACCUUCAGAUCAAGUUAAGAGGAAAGAAUCACACACUUUCAAUAUUACAGUAAAGUAACAGCUUAUAUUCUAUAUACAUAAAAUGCUAAAUAUCACAAGCCUUUAUUUUUAUAACAUAAAAUAUUUUAUUUGCCAUGUAGCUUAAGAUUUUAACAGUAAGAUUCUAUGUAGGUAAAAAAAUUAAAAAAUAAGUUUUAAGUCUGUUUUAGACAAUUCAGCCAUCAUAAAUAUAAUUUUACUCUGAAAAGUUUUGAGCUCAAUAAUUGAGAACAUAAAUACACUGUCAUGUAGCGGUAGUGAUACAAAAUGUUCUCAAACAAGCGAUAGAAGUUUUACGCUAAAUAAUUCUCUGGUAUAAAAUAAAGAACAAUGAACAAUCUUGACCAAGCAAAAUGAGAACUAAAAGCGAAUUUCUAUUAUACACACAUGGUCUUAAUUAAUUCACAUUUACGUACAUAAAUUCGGACUUUUAUUUUAUGUCAUUGCCGCCUACUUUGAGAUUCUUUUGACAUAAGAUCUUACACACAAUAUGCUUAAAGUACGUCAUUAACUUGUUUCAUUUGUUUGACCAAAUCAGCGCAUACAAAAUCCAUUUCAUCGGUAUCCCUCAAGCUAGAAUUACUUAUAGUAUUAUCUUUAUUCAAUUUACUAUGACCCCCUGCCGUAUGACUUGAAUUCAACCCAGAUUUGAAAAACUUCAAAAAUUUAGUCUUCAAAGAGGAACAAGUUGGAGGUUCCUCUAUACGUACCGUCGUAACCUUAAUGCACGGUUCCUUUUGAAGCAGAGCCUGGGAGGUUUCAAUUUUCGAAGAAGAAAAACUAGUUUGGCUAGUUUGAGGAGUGAGUUUCGACGAGGGUUUGCUCCAACGAUGGGAAUUAGAGGAAGUUCUCGCAUCGGCCGUUUGGGCUAGAUGCAUAGCUUCCCCUAAAAAAUUCUCCGGGUACUUUUUAAUGGUGCGUCUUACAGGUGCUGCAAGGUAGUUACGGUUCCGGGUAUUUCUAGAGCAAAUAUU